AAUCCAGUGAUUGUUUUAUGCAUACAUGUAGCCAGCUUAGCACACCUCACCACUUACAACUCAAAUUUGAUAAUAAAGGCGAGCUUCUGUGCAUCUGACAAUAAGGCAUAAUCGCGUACCUUAAAAUGUUGCUGUGAUGUAUAAAACGGAACUUAUUGUUUUUCUUUGAUGCCAGUUUCCAACUAUUAAUAGGAACUGUGCACUUUUAUACAACCUUUGUGUUCCCGUGGGCCCAGAUUACUGCUGGAGAGCGAACUUGCCUACAGCACAGCGUAUAAAGGUCUACAGAUUAGUACACGCUGCAUGUACCUACAUGUGGAGGCGGCAGACAGUGUGGACAUAUCGGAGUGUACACGUAUUGUUCAAUAUUUAGGUCAGUACAUUCCCAAAUCUAUUUAUAGAACAUAACGCGAUGAACUGCGCCUUGCUCUCCGAGAGAGAAGCGUUCCAUUUUCAGAUUUGGAGUUGACUUGAGGUGGUCAGGAUUGGUACUGUGUCUGUGGACUGUUUCGUCACUAAUCAUCUCCUUAGAUUUGCAUGUAAACUUUCAGCGACUGUAAAGUGAUCAAAUCAGCCUACCCAAUUUCCAGCCAUGGCGGGAGCCCCUGCUGAGUACCUGAUUCUUGAUAUCAAUGCUAAUGGAGACUCCGGGAAAGGGAUGAGAGAAAAGAGAAAGCAGUACAUUGCACAUGUGCUGACAACACAGGUUCCUUUGGUGGUUUGCGUACAAGAGUUCCUAUGGAAGGGUAUUCACUCAAGGGGAUGGGCAGACUUGGAUGUUCCAGACCAUUUUCAGUAUGCAGGUCACAAUGAAGCAGGUUUCAUAUUUGAUACGAGGGAAGUCACUUACUCACGGAUUGACAACAAAGCAUCUGUGAGAAACAUGUAUGAUAACAUGGUGAAGAGAAGUGACAUCGGCUUGGAUUACUUCGAACUGCCAAGACUUUGCGUCCAUAAAAUCAAAAGCAAAGGGGCUCCUAAUUUUGAGAUCUUAUGUGCCAGUUGGCAUGGUCCUCAUAGGGUGCCAAAUGAGAAGAAAGAAAAGUCCCUUGACUCGCUGGUCAAGUUUCUUCUGAAGCUGAAGGUAGAGGAGGAGAAUGUUCCUUUGUUGCUUGGGGGUGACUUCAACUUCCCUGCAGCUAAAGUAAAAAGCAGACUCCCAUCUGACGGUAGUCUAAUGCUUAACACACCAGAUGACUCGUCAAUAGACAUGUUCAUCACAAGCUCCGAUAUUGGGAAUAUGUUUACCAUUUCAAAAGUUCACACCAUGAAACGAAAUUCAGCAUUUGACCAUUUGCAUUUGGAGAUGCAUUUGACAACGAUAAAUGCCACUGACUCUGAAGAACAAAUUAGGACAAAGGAUUUGUCAACAGGGGACAAAGGGUUACGUGAAAGUCCUGGACAAAAGUUGUCAGCAGUGAAAAAUAAAAUAUCCUCACUAAAGGAUAAAUCCAAAACGAAAAUUGAAGACAAGAAGGAAUGAAAGUGGCAAACGUCAGGUCAUCAAAAGAGGGUGAAUUUACAAGCAGGUGACAUUCUUUCCAUUGUAUUAAUCAAGUCUGUACCUGACAAUCCAGUGAUUGAUAAUAUAUCCUGUCAGUCGACUCUUUUGGCAAGCAUAAGUUGCUGUGGACCAAUCUGACCCAUAAUCCCCAUAUGGUUUGUAUGGACUCAAAUGUACCGUAAUUGGGAACAUUUCCCAUCCUAGUAGUCCAGAAAACAUCUUUCAAGCCAAACGUUAAUUUAAAACAGUAUUCUGAUUAAAUAAUAUAUAUAUCGAGGACUCGACCAUAUGAGGCCAUUAUCUUUUAAGGAUGAUCUAUGCUGAACUCUCGUUCUGAAGAGUAGUUUUUUGGUUGUUAAAUUAAAGCCCAUGAAAAAGUGAAAACCUGUGCUAAUUAGGUGAUAAGAGAAGAUGGGGAUGGUAAUGCCCGAAACGAAUCUGUAGUGGUGAAUGGAUUCAGAGAAUUUUAGCAUAAGAGAUAGCAUGGAGGCACAAUACAAUGGACAAUCAAAGACUUGAGUAACCCUGGUAUUCGAACUGGAAUCGCUGUCAAACGACGAAGUAAGAGGUUGACACUGGACCCAUCAAGGCAGCAGGUAAUGCCUGCAAGGGGUGGUGAUCACUGAGAAUGCCUGCAAGAACAGACUGUCACUGAUGUUGUCUCAUUUCAAUUAAUAACAAUAAGGCAGCUGCUGAAAGAUGUAGAAACACAUUUUGCCGCACCAAACAUUCGUGUUUGACCAAGUGAUUGCUGUCAUCUUAAAACAACUUCAUGUAUAUUAGGAAAAGAUACAAUUUAUCUUUUAUAUGCAUUUAUAUGAUUUUUAAGUGCUGAUGUCUGUGGAUUUGAGGCUGCCAUUUUAUAUGUAUAUUUUGUGUGUGUGCACAUAUAAGUAUGAGUUUGGAAGGCCAUACAAAAUAGAUCAUCUGCUCCUGGAGCAUAUUUUGUUUUUUAGAUGAUCAGGCACUUUAUUUUGUUCAUUUAAAGUUCAAACCAGCAAGGUAUUUUCUUUUUAUACCUUGAAGCUUAUCAUACAGUUUAAUCCUAAUACACAAAAUUUGAAAUGUAUAUUUGCAGAUAAACAUGUGACCAUGUAUAUUUUUUUGUUUAAGCUGUCAUAUAGCUGGAAUAUCCCAAGGAUCAUUUAAUCAUGUCAUUUUCUAUAAGGGAGUCAAUUUGAAUAUUGGAUCCUCUGAUAAAUAAAUAUCAAAUGGUGUUA